AUGGAUACGUUACACAGGGCACUGGAUUUCUGCAUCCGCCACCAGACCGUUCUGGGUUACGGCAUUGUGUCCCUACUGACAGCUGCCAGCGAGCACAUCUUCUCCUCUGUGGUGUUCAAGUGCCCCUGCAAUUCUGGGAACAUGCUGUACGGCUCCGUCUUCCUCAUAGUGCCUGCCUUCAUCCUCUUUCUGCUUGGCUGCAUGGUGAACGCCAGGACAUGGCACCUGCUGACAGGCAGCUGCCCUCCGGAGAAGCGCUGCGGCUUCUGCCCCCGGGGAACCUGCACCCGCCACUGCCCCGUGCUGGUGUCGAUUACAGCCAGAGCCUUGGUGGCCCCCCUCACCUGGAUGGCGGUGGCCCUGCUCCGAGCCAGCUUCUACGAGUGCGCGGCCAGCGGGAAUGGCCUGAUAAAGAACUUCGUGUGUCAAGAUAAAGGACAAGAGUGCCACAAGCUGCUGGCCAAAAUACCCUGCGAUGAGAAGUUAUCAGAGAAGAUAUCGGGUGAAUUCCUCAGCCUUCAGGCACAGUCCCAGCUGAUGGGAUGGCUCCUGAUAGUCAUCAUCGUGACUGUGGUACUGAUUUCAACAUGUGUCAGCCGCUGUCGCUCCCCGGUUAGCUAUCUUCAGCUUAAGUUCAGGAAAACUUACUCGAAAAAGGAACGGGAGCUCUUUAAGAUCAAGGCUAAAGAGCAUGCAACCAGGCUGGCAGAAAUAAAUGUGAAUUGCUUUUUUGAAGCCACUGACCCAGCACCGUUUCAGACUCCCAGCAAUGAAGACUGGCGGAGGAUUUCAUUGUUGUUUCCCUCCAAUUCGCAAGAGCAGUAUUACAGCAUGAUACACAAGUACGUUAACACAAACAGAGGCAACAGCGUCAGAUUUGGGGAAGGAGAUCAGAAUCCCUCUGUUUUAGGAUCUGUGGAUGAAGAAGGCGCAAGCGAAUCAGGGUUUUAA